AUGUCCACAGAAACCAAUGUACCUACGCCCAACCCAAGUGACUCUAGGCCGCCUGAACUUCAGAGAGGGUCGUUUACGCGCGUCAAUACCUAUAUCCCAGAAGAUUUGGCAACGAAACUACGCAACGUUCCAGCGCGAAUCCGUAAAAGUGUGACAGAGGGCUACAAGACUUGGGACGGCGAGCCUAUUGCUCCGAGUGUUUCGCAUACACGCGACUCGCGCGCCCAGCUCGGACAUGGUCCUUUGCGCCCAUCUAUCUUUCAAUCAUCCAAUAACGAAGGGUUUAGAAGAGUCAUGACUACUCCGAAUCCUUUGCCCUCGAACUCCGGCUAUACCGGGAUACCUCGCUUUGCCGAUUUCGGGGAACCCCCCGCUAGGCCAAUCCCUGCAAACGGUGGUGUACGGGCGCGAGUAGCGUCUUUGGGAACUUAUCCCGCUUCCCUCCCGGCCACUUCGCGAAAGGGGAGCAAUUCUUCAAAACACACCGAGACGGUAAACGACGAUUCGGAUUCGGAUUCAGACGUGAAUGAUGCGAAGAGUGCGACCGGCUCCGACGCAUUUGGAGAGUUGUUCGAGGCCGGGGAAGAAAGAAGUUCCGGACAGUCCAGUAUGUUCGGCUCUAAGCCCGUAGCUCUCCCAACGACGGGAGACGCACCGCGUCAACCUCGGUCAUUCCAACAGACGCAAUCGCUACCUGCUGGUAGUCUUGAGUUUGGUAUUGGAACAGGGCGUGGGGUUUCUACUCUUGAAUCUUUGGACGAGGAAGAACCCUGGCGCCAACAUGAUUUCAGCCGCUAUGCGAGUAUCCCUCCGGAGUAG